AUGGAUAAUAUUAUCUUUUCCUUUGUUCUUUCAAUCUUGUUAUUGAAUAGCUUUGCCCUCUCUUUAAUUUCGGCCACUGAUAAAAAUGCACUUAUUUCCUUCAAAAACUCCGUCACUUCCGACGCUAAUGCUAUCUUGAGUACCAAUUGGUCGCAAAGCACAUCAGUUUGUAGUUGGAUUGGUGUCUCGUGCAGCCUCAAACACGGUCGUGUCACUGCUCUCGUUCUCUAUCGCUACGGCCUUGCUGGAACUGUUGCUCCACAUAUCGGGAACCUAACGUUUCUCAGACAUUUAGACAUCAGUUACAACAAUUUCAUGGGGGUGUUACCCUUUGAGCUCUCUAAACUGCGUCGUUUGAAGUUUAUGAAUGUGGAAAUGAAUUCAUUCACAGGAGAAAUACCAUCAUGGUUGGGCAAUUUACAUCGGCUGGAGGAACUCUACAUGUACAACAACACUUUCUUAGGUUCACUCUCGAGUGGUAUAUGUGAUAAUCUCCCAAAUAUCAAAGCAAUUGAUAUUUCGAUGAACCAAAUUUCCGGAGAAAUUCCACCAAAUAUUUGGAAAUGCAGAAACCUUGAGCUCCUGGAAUUAUCCUCCAAUCAUUUCACUGGAAAAAUCCCAAGUGAAAUCGGAAGUUUGAACAAGCUUAGAAAAUUGUACUUGGGUGUAAACAAUUUCCGAGGAGGUAUUCCACCAGAAUUAGGGAAUCUCUCUCGACUAGAGACAUUGAGCAUUCAAGGGGCAUCUCUAACCGGAAAUAUUCCAUCUUCCGUUUUUAACAUAUCUUCUUUGACGUUCUUGAGCUUCUCCAACAAUAGUUUGUCAGGUCAUAUCCCAAUCGAUACGUGUAACAAUAUGCCUAACAUCAAAACAUUUGAUCUCAAUUUGAACCAACUUGAAGGGCAAAUCCCACCUAAUAUAUGGAAAUGCAGACAUGUCGAGAUCUUGGGAUUAUCUGAUAACAAUCUCAAUGGCAACAUUCCACCUACAAUUGGAAAUCUGAGUAGGCUUAGAGUGGUGGACAUGGGAUACAAUAAUUUCACAGGCGAAUUACCUCAAGAGAUUGGUAUCCUGAAGAUGGUCGAGGACUUUUGUGUGUUCAACAAUUCCUUGUAUGGAUCCAUCCCAUCUCCCAUAUUCAACAUUUCAACAUUGAAGUCAUUAGAAGUUGCAUACAAUAGGUUUUCUGGUACUCUUCCUUCAGACAUAGGUCGGUCACUGUUGAAUCUUGAAAGACUUAUCAUGGGUGAUAACGCAUUCGAUGGCCCAAUUCCAUCCUCCCUCACCAAUGCUUCAAAACUCACCACCCUGGACAUGAACUACAACUCCUUUAGUGGCUCCAUACCCUUCUUUGGUAAUUUGAAGAUGCUACAAUCACUUACCCUUUUGGAAAAUAAUUUGAGUGGAGUGGAAUCCCCGGCUCGGGAAUUGGAAUUUCUCUCUUCAUUAACUAAUUGUCGACAUCUAAAGAGAUUGAGACUGUCAGAUAAUCCAUUGAGUGGCAUCCUACCUGCUUCCAUUGGGAAUUUUUCCUCUUCUAUUGAGUUUAUUGAAAUAUCAAACAACAACAUCAUGGGCGUCAUUCCUUCCGAAAUUGGAAAACUAAGUGGUUUGCUAAAUUUAUAUAUGGAUGGUAAUCACCUUAGUGGACUCAUUCCACCAACAAUUGGGAAAUUGAACAAACUCCAAAGUAUGUCUCUUUCUAGAAAUCAAUUGGAAGGGUCUAUCCCGAACGAGGUUUGUAGAAUGAAUAAUUUGGGGGAGUUGAGCCUUGAUGGUAACAUGUUUUCAGGGCCAAUACCCGAAUGUUUAGGUAAUGUUAAAUCCUUGAGAGUUAUCCACUUGGGUUCCAACCAACUCAAUUCAACCAUCCCUCCUAGUUUGUGGUCUCUUACAGACCUUGUAACUUUGAGCUUGUCCUCCAAUUCUUUGAAUGGUCAGUUGUCAUCUCAUAUUAGAAAUUUAAAGAUGAUUGACUCUUUGGAUUUAUCGUCCAAUCAAUUUUCAGACCAUAUUCCUAGCUCAAUUGAAGGUUGCCAAACAUUAACAUUUCUUAACUUAUCAAACAAUUUUCUUACCGGCUCCAUUCCUCAAUCCUUGGGAACGCUCAAAGGUUUAAUGACAGUGGAUUUAUCACAUAAUAAUCUUUCUGGAUCCAUACCAAUGUCCUUAGAAAGCCUCCCCUUUCUUGAGAAUUUUGAUGGUUCUAAUAACUUAGGUCUUUGUGGUCCAAUAGCAUUUCAAGUUCCAUCAUGCCGAAGAAAUCGUCAGAGGUCAAGGUUAUAUAUAUUCAUGGUGCCCUCAGUGAGUUUAGUUGUCAUUAUGGUGAUAUUCAUUCUCGUGAUCAUAGCAAGGACCCGUAAGAAGAAUAAAGUAGUACUCCCAGAUGAUAUUUCACCACCAAAUAACGAAUGUAGAAGAGUUUCUUACAUGGAACUUGAACGAGGAACUACUAAUUUUAGUGAGACCAACGUACUUGGAAGAGGGAGCUUUGGUUCUGUGUUUGUAGCUACACUUUCUGAUGGGAUAGAAGUUGCAGUGAAAGUGUUCAACUUGCACCUACAAGGAGCGAUAAGGAGCUUUGAUACCGAAACUCAAAUAUUGAGCAGCAUUCGACAUAGAAACCUAGUUCGAGUUAUUGGAUGUUGUUGUAAUAUGGAGUUUAAAGCAUUGAUCCUCACAUACAUGCCAAAUGGGAGCUUGGAUAAAUGGUUACAUUCUGACCUGUUGUAUUGUCUUGAUCUUAUACAGAGACUGAAAAUAGCAAUAGAUGUUGCAUCGGCUUUAGAAUAUCUUCACCAUGGUCAUACAUUCCCAGUUAUUCAUUGUGAUGUAAAGCCAAGCAACAUAUUGCUUGAUAAAGACAUGACUGCUCAUCUUACUGAUUUUGGCAUUUCCAAGCUCUUUGAUGGGGGUGGGGAGGAAGUUGUUAUCCAAACACAAACAAUGGCAACCGUCGGUUAUGCAGCACCAGAGUUCGGACUGGAUGGAAUAGUGUCAACAAAUGGAGAUGUCUAUAGUUUCGGGAUAAUGCUUCUGGAGAUGAUGACAGGAAAGAAGCCAACCGAUGAUAUGUUCAAUGGGGAAAUGAGUUUAAAAGACUGGGUGAUUGAAGCAUUACAAGCAAGUGAGGUUGUGGCGCCAACUUUGCUAUCAAGAGAAAACCAACAUUUCUCAGCAAAGGAGCAAUGCAUAUCAUCAAUAUUUGAAUUGGCAAUGAAAUGUGUAGCCUUUUCACCUCAUGAAAGACCGAACAUGAUUGAAGUAGUGGUUACUCUAUACAAGAUCAAAGCAAUAAUGUUCGUAGGUAUCGAAAGUCGUGGUCCAUGAUAGUAUAUAUUAAUGGAGUUUUAUGCUUGUAGUAAAGUGUGAGUUCACACAUGUAUCCAUAUGCAUUCAUAUAUAAAUUCUGAUAUUAAUAUAACACAGUUCGUACGUACGUA